CAGAAAUGAAAUACAUCAUGAUUGUUUUGUUAGCCUUAACAGCUACAAGCUCAGCCUCAAAAACUUAAGACUAAAUUUUAGCCUUAUUAUAAACAGGAACCAAAGCAAGCGAUGCUAUUGACACAGUUUUUGGAUUGUUGAAUGAUUUGAAAUAAUCAAACAUCGAUGCAUAAUUUGCUGCUGAUUAAAAGAAUGAAACAGAUGAAUGGAUUGGAGCAUAAACAAUUGAAUAAUUUACUAAAAUCAAGUCUUUGAACUAAAAGUUAUUCCAAUAAGCAGUUGAAAAUAGAGCUGAAUAUGAAAAUGUUUUAUAACAAACGAAAAGCUAUUUGGCGUGGAAUGAAGCCAGAAGAGACUCUAUUGCUGCAAAAAUUGAAACACUCUAAGACAACCAAUGUUUCAGCAACUAAUUAUUCGUCAAAUCCAUCAAACAUAAUUAAGAAGCCCUUGAAGUUAUCAAGCUUUUGAAACAAGAUGUUGCUGGCUAUAUUAUUAAUGGAGAUUCAUUUGAAUUCACAUAAGUUAAAGCAUAAUCUUAAUACAGCAAUUUGUUCCAAGAACAUCAAAUCAAAACUUUCUUAGCCUUAGCUUAGGAAUAAUAGGAAUAGUCAUCAGGAAAUGGAUCAACAUUGGCUGAAAAAGUGUUAGCAGUCUUGGAAGGAUUACAUUCUGAAUUAGAGGGCUCAUUAGAAAAUUUGAAAUAAAAUGAAAUCAAUGCCUCAUGGGAAUUAGCAGGUUGGGUUUCAUUAUCUGAAGCUGAAAUUGCUUCUUUGGAAGUUGAAUAUGAAAGAAAAUAAGUCUUUGCUGAUAGAACUGCUACUUAAAUCUAAGCUGCUUUGGCUCAAUAAGCUAAAUCUAAGAUCAUUUUAUAAGAAUCAUAAGAUGCAUUGGAUUAGGCUCAAGCUGAUUUGGAAUCAAAAAGAGCUGAUUAUGAAGAAGCUAAAGCUAAAAGAAAUGAAGAGAAUGCCAUUUUAGAUGAAGUAAUCAUAAUGUUCAAGAAAUAAGUUGCAUCAUGGUCAGGAAGAUGAUAUCUUUGAUAGAUAUAAACAAUUAUUUCAUUUAUUAAUAAAUAUCCUAUUACUAA